ACAGAGUCGUUAUUACCUAACCGCUGCAAAACAUAAUCCAAUUACGAUGUUGUUACCGUCAAAUCCACCUUCCAUUCUACACUUUCUUCCAGGUUCCGAUCCUCCCUACAACAUCCUAGAACAACACCCUUAUCUCAAUCUCCUCACAAAAUGCAACAACAUCAACACCUUCAAACAAAUUCACUCACUAAUAAUCAAAACCGGUCUUCACAACACCGUUUAUGUUCAAAGCAAACUCAUCCAUUUCUGCGCCGUUUCAUCUUCCGGUGACCUCUCUUAUGCUCUUUCCCUCUUCUCAGAAAAUCAAAAUCAACACAAACACAACCGUUUCAUUUGGAAUUCUCUCAUUCGUGGUCAUUCUUUGAGUUCUUCUCCUAUUUCAUCUUUGAACCUUUUUUCUCGUAUGCUUUGUUAUGGUCUUCAACCAAAUUCUCAUACUUUUCCUUUUCUAUUCAAAUCUUGUGCAAAAGCUAAAGCUACCCAUGAAGGUAAACAGCUUCAUGCUCAUGCUUUGAAGUUGUCAAUUCAAUUUCAUCCACAUGUUCAUACUUCGAUUAUUCAUAUGUAUGCUUCCGUUGGUGAAUUGGAUUUUGCACGGUUGGUGUUUGAUAAAAGUUCUCUGAGAGAUGUUGUUUCUUUUACGGCUCUUAUUACUGGGUAUAUUUCGCAGGGUUAUGUUGAUGAUGCUAGACGGCUUUUUGAUGAAAUUCCGACCAAAGAUGUGGUGUCGUGGAAUGCUAUGAUUUCUGGGUAUGUUCAAAGUGGUCGUUUUGAAGAAGCUAUUGCGUGUUUUUAUGAGAUGCAGGAGGCGAAGAUUUUACCCGAUAAGAGUACAAUGGUGACAUUGCUUUCUGCUUGUGGUCACACAGGGUCGCGUGAAUUGGGUAAUUGGAUUUGUUCUUGGGUUAGAGAUAAUGGGUUUGGUUCGAAUCUUCAGCUCACUAAUGCACUUAUUGAUAUGUAUUCUAAGUGUGGUGAAAUUGAUACUGCUCGUGAGUUGUUUGAUGGGAUAGUGGAAAAAGAUGUGAUUUCAUGGAAUACUAUGAUUGGUGGUUAUUCUUACUUGAGUUUGUAUGAAGAAGCACUGACAUUGUUUGAGGUCAUGCUUAGAUCUAAUGUAAAGCCUAAUGAUGUUACCUUCUUAGGCAUUCUUCAUGCCUGUGCUUACCUUGGUGCUCUUGACCUUGGAAAGUGGGUCCAUGCAUACAUAGAUAAGAACUUGAAGAGUAGUAACAAUGCAUCUCUUUGGACAAGCCUCGUUGACAUGUAUGCAAAAUGCGGUUCCAUUGAGGCGGCGGAAAGGGUUUUUAGAAGUAUACAUUCUAGAAAUUUGGCUUCUUGGAAUGCCAUGUUAUCAGGAUUGGCCAUGCAUGGACAUGCAGAGAGGGCUCUUGCACUUUUCUCAGAAAUGGUUAACAAGGGAUUUCGGCCUGAUGAUAUCACAUUUGUUGGGGUAUUAACUGCUUGUACACAAGCUGGUUUGGUAGAUCUUGGACAACACUAUUUCAGGUCAAUGAUACAAGAUUAUGGAAUUUGUCCGAAAUUGGAACACUAUGGUUGCAUGAUUGAUCUCUUGGCUAGAGCUGGAAAGUUCGAAGAAGCGGAGAUCCUUAUGAAAGAUAUGGAAAUGGAGCCUGAUGGAGCUAUUUGGGGUUCGCUUCUUAGUGCAUGUAAGGCUUAUGGACGUGUUGAGUUCGGUGAAUAUGUGGCAGACCGCCUUUUUCAAUUAGAACCGGAAAAUGCAGGGGCAUUUGUGCUUUUGUCGAAUAUAUAUGCUGGAGCUGGUAGAUGGGAUGAUGUAGCAAGGAUAAGAACAAGGUUAAAUGACAAAGGAAUGAAGAAAGUUCCUGGUUGCACCUCUAUAGAGAUUGAUGGUGUUGUUAAUGAGUUCCUUGUUGGUGAUAAGUUCCACCCGGAAUGCAAAAGUAUUUAUAGAAUGUUGGAUGAGGUAGAUAAGCUCUUGGAGGAAAAUGGGUUUAUACCUGAUACUUCUGAGGUACUCUAUGAUAUGGAUGAAGAGUGGAAGGAAGGAGCUUUGAGUCAACACAGUGAGAAAUUGGCUAUUGCUUUCGGCUUGAUAAGCACAAAGCCUGGAACUACGAUCAGGAUCGUUAAGAAUCUUCGUGUUUGUGGAAACUGUCAUUCGGCUACCAAGCUAAUAUCUAAGAUUUUCAAUAGGGAAAUAAUUGCGAGAGAUAGAAACCGUUUUCAUCAUUUUAAAAAUGGGGUUUGUUCAUGUAAUGAUUUCUGGUGACACUUAAUCUAUUUAUUCAAUGGAAUAUAUCAUUUGCACUUGUGCAU